GAAGCCUUCCAAUUCCUAAGUGCAUCGUGAAGUUAUCGAAUCAAGAACGAAAGAAUGUCUAGACCCGUGUACUGUUAAAUUGGUUUUCUAGGAACAAGGCGAUGAACACUCUAAUAAACAUGAGAACGACGGGAAAAUCUCCGAUUUCUCCACGUUCUAGUGGAACCUUGAACUGUAGGCGAAGGAAGCGCUGCGGUGGAUGGGCCGAUGUUCCCGCACUGUUUCUACCUUGUUACCCCAGAUCAACGAGCCUCUUACCAAGAAUCCCACAGCUUCAUGAUCUUUGGGUUUUUUCAUUGAAUGACUUGCUUCACUCCAAAGCACCAGCUGACUUGAAGAUCCUUCUUUUCAUGCUUCCUUAAAAUCUGGUAAUCGCAAAAUCUUCCAUCGCACAGAACAUGGAUUUGGAGGAUCGGAAAAUUGUUACCAAUGUAGAAAUUCAUAUCGGUCCUUCAAUGGCGAACAAUCGAUAUCGGGGGGAUUCGACACAGUUGUAUGGCUUAGUACAUUCCAACUUGGAACUAGAAUGAAAUUGUGGAGGGAUCACAUAGUAAGAUGCAUUUUCCUUCCACCACACGUGUUGACCCAGGUGCUAAAAAAGACCUUCAGAGACGCCUUUUUCGAUGCAAACAUGCUCUCAUAGGAAGAUUGUUAAAAGUGUACAAUGGAAGUUGGAAUAUCUUUUAAGGUCAGACGCUGAUAUUCAUGGGUUGGCAUACCAACUCGAGUGACAACUCUGAUGUUGUGUCACUCUGAAUAACUCGAGGCGAUGUGAUACUGCAUUUAAAGCCGACAUGAGAUCAAUGUUGCAGUAUUGUACGGUGGGACUAGUUCAGACUAGGUCAAUAUGAUGCCAUCACAAUUCUUGACCACGUAAGGUUUA